GUCUUAUCUGACCACAUGACUUUCUCCCAUGCCUCCUCUGGAUCAUCGAGAUGGUCAUUGGCAAACUUCAGAUCCUGGACUGUGUCCGCGGUCUCUGGUCAUCUCCUGUACUGUCUGCAGUCUCUGAUCAUUCCCUGUACUAUGUCCGCAGUCUCUGGUCAUUCCCUGUACUGUGUCCGCAGUCUCUGGUCAUCCCCUGUACUGUGUCCGCAGUCUCUGGUCAUCUCCUGUACUGUGUCCGCAGUCUCUGGUCAUCUCCUGUACUGUGUCCGCAGUCUCUGGUCAUCUCCUGUACUAUGUCUGCAGUCUCUGGUAAUCCCCUGUACUGUGUCCACAGUCUCUGGUCAUCUCCUGUACUGUGUCUGCAGUCCAUUGGUUCAGAAUAUUUUUUUUCUUGUUUUUCUCCUC